GGUGGUCGGGUGGGGUGAGGGGCGUAGGAGAGGGUCCCGGUGGGCAGGCGGACCCCGAACAUCGAGCCCACUCCCCGCUCCAGGCCCGGGCCAGCCCUGUACAACCUUUUAUUUUCUUUUUCUUGAAAAGAAAAGAAUCUGUUUGCAUUUCCCAACCUGUGUGGAAGGGGAAACACUCGGGCCCGCGGAUCACAGAGGACCGGGUCCUCCCGGUGUCCUAGAGCUUCCCGGAGGCAGUUGCAGCUGGGACCUGCCUCUGAGCUGAUUGAUCAGAGAGGAGGAAGCAGUCAUGUCCGCCGUGGGAGCUGUAGCUCCAUACUUGCAUCACCCUGGUGUCAGUCACAGCGGCCAGGUGAGUUUCCUGGGGGCCCAGCUUCCCCCAGAGGUGGCAGCAAUGCCCCGGCUCCUGGGGGACUUGGACAGGGGCACGUUCAGAAAACUGUUGAAGCUGGUGGUCAGUGGCCUGCAGGGAGAGGACUGCCGUGAAGCUGUGCAGCGCCUUGGGGCUACUGCACACCUGUCGGAGGAGCGGCUGAGUGCCCUGCUUGCUGGCACCCACACGCUGCUCCAGCAGGCCCUCCGGCUGCCCCCAGCCAGCCUGAAGCCCGACACUUUCAAGGACCAGCUCCAGGAACUCUGCAUCCCCCAAGACCUGGUCAUGGACUUGGCCAGUGUGGUGUUUGGGAGCCAGCGUCCUCUCCUUGACUCUGUGGCCAGGCAGCAGGGGGCCUGGCUGCCCCACGUUGCCAACUUUCGGUGGAGGGUGGACGUGGCAAUCUCCACCAGUGCCCUGGGCCGCUCCCUGCAGCCAAGUGUCCUGAUGCAGCUGACACUUUCGGAUGGGUCAGCACACCGCUUUGAGGUCCCCACAGCCAAAUUCCAGGAGCUUCGGUACAGCGUGGCCUUGGUGCUGAAGGAGAUGGCUGACCUGGAGAAGAAGUGUGAGCACAAACUGCAGGACUGACCUGCACUCCCAGUUGCUCUGGUGACCUGGGGACAGUUGCUCAGACAUCUCCAAAGGGAAGCCCACCCUGCCUAGGAGCACUCUUCAGUGAGUGUGUGAAUGCAGCCAUGUCAUUUUGUUUGAUUGAAAAAGUCAGCACUGUUUUUCCUUUGUUUGGGAGUAAAGCAACGAUUAAAAACA